AUGAACCAGCAGGACGAGAAAGCCACCAUGGAUCUUGUUCCACCCUCUGAGCACCUCUGCUACGUUCGUUGCAACUUCUGCAACACUGUGCUUGCGGUUGGGAUACCAUGCAAGAGGCUGCUGGAUACUGUGACAGUGAAGUGUGGUCACUGCAGCAACCUCUCGUUUCUGAGCACCAGGCCCCCUCCACCUCCAGCCCCUUUCUCUCACACCCAUCAAACCACCACCAUUGAUCACACUCUCACUCUCCAGGGUUUCUACGGUGAUUCGAAGAAGGGGCAAGGAUCAUCUUCAUCGUCCUCACCAACUACAUCAAACGAAUCAGUCUCCCCUAAAGCAGCACCUUUUGUUGUCAAACCACCUGAGAAGAAGCACCGUCUUCCAUCUGCAUACAACCGUUUCAUGAAAGAGGAGAUUCAGCGCAUCAAAGCAGCCAACCCUGAGAUCCCACAUCGAGAAGCUUUCAGCGCUGCAGCCAAAAAUUGGGCAAGGUUCAUUCCAAAUUCGCCUACAAGCUCAGUUUCUGCAAGUAAAAACAAUGAAUGA